AUGUGUGGCAAUGAGCAGAUAGUUGGGAAACCAGUGUUUCAUGAGAUCAUGGAUAGUUCGACGCCAACUCCAGAUCGAUCCAUAAACGGGCUUAUAGUUUUUCUAACUUUAUUCCUAUUCCUCACACUACUAACUUCUGGUUUGUUAGUGUGCUUGACGAAAAUUUGGUGUGGGCAUAGAAAAACUUCCAGUCAAAGUGCACAAGCUGAGCAACGCCAAUCAGUUGCCGGAGGCUGCUCAACACAGGAUAGCGAUUCCGAUGAAGAAGCUCAAUCAGUUAAUCGGGCCCCUGCUGUUCGACGUCUCUCACAACGAAUAAUCAAUUUUGUUCAACGUUCACUUCAAGACGAAUCACCACGGCCAACAAUUGAGGAGAGUCCAGAACCUGAAGUUCCUUCGGCGCACAGUAUUCAUGGAGCAAUAGAGGACUCAACUUCGAACUUCUCAGGAAAUAAUCCGAACGAAUUGCGAAUUAAAAUGCGACUACAAUUAUCCUUGCUUCUGCUAUUAAUCCCUGGUCUCGUGUUGUCCAUAGAAUUAAAUAUUGAGAACGAAACAGAAUUUUGGAGCGAUAUUCUGAGUUACGCCGAUAGUGUUGGUGUUCGAAGGUCGGUAUUAGUCACGUUGUUACGACCAGAUGCAGAUGUUCCUGGUUCACUCAGUGGAAAACCUAUCAGUUUUCUGGAUACGAAUCUUGGGAAACAUGGAAAUCAGUCUCAUGGUCAGGAGCAACAUGCUCACAGCACUCAUGGUGUGAAGGUGGCCUCGUUCAAGUUUGAUUAUGUAAAGGAACCGCUUGUUCUUACUAUAUUCAUAAUAGUGAUUGGGAUUUUCAAACUGUUGUAUCAUCAUACACGUUAUAUCCAGAAAAUCAUUCCUGAAUCAUGUUGUCUAAUUUUAGUCGGCGUUGGACUAGGAUUGAUCUUCAUGAUUGGUAGGUAUUACAGAGGCGACGAUACACAUGAAUCUGUCAAGUUUCUGGAAUUCAACUCAAAAACCUUCUUCUUCUUCCUUUUGCCGCCGAUCAUUCUCGAAUCCGCGUAUUCGCUUAGAGAUCGAGCAUUCCUGGAGAAUAUAGGAACUAUUAUUCUUUAUGCAGUUGUGGGAACCAUUUUUAAUAUUGUGCUUAUUGGUGGAAGCCUAGUAGUGCUUUCUGACCUCGGAUGGAUCGAUGGUUUCCGGAUUGAUCCCCUUGAUUGCCUCGUUUUCGCUUCGCUAAUCGCUGCUGUAGAUCCUGUUGCUGUUUUGGCAAUUUUCCAAGAAGUUGGCGUGAACAAAAUGCUCUACUUCAUGGUAUUCGGCGAAUCAUUGUUGAAUGAUGCUGUAACUGUCGUCUGCUACAACUUGGUCAUCGAAUUCAAAGAGUUGGAUUCUAUUGGAUUUCUGGAUUGCUUUAUGGGAUUUCUGGCUUUUCUGUGUGUUUCUUUGGGUGGCCUAGCCAUAGGUCUUUUCUUUGGUUUCAUGUCCGCGUUUGUCACUAAAUUCACGAAGCACGUUCGAGUUGUUGAACCAGUGAUUAUGUUCGGGAUGGCGUACAUGUCUUACAUGGGCAGCGAACUGUUCCACUUCUCCGGAAUAAUCGGGAUAAUAGCUUGCGGUUUAUUUCAAACACAUUAUUCUUGCGGAAAUAUAAGUAACAAAUCAUUUAUAAGUGUUACAUAUUUUGCAAAGGUAGCCAGUUCAGUCUCAGAAUCUCUGAUUUUUAUUGUUCUUGGUGUAAUGUUGGUGAAUGAACAGGAAUGGUUUUGGAGCGAUUGGCAUCCAUUGUUUUCCUUGUAUUCCGUUGUGCUUUGCAUUGGAGUCCGCUUUUUAGUUGUGUUCUUCCUAACGUACAUUGUCAACCGAUUUACUGGUGGCGUCCGUCAUAUAUCAUUCCAGGAGCAAUUUAUAAUGGCUUAUGGCGGCCUCAGAGGAGCGGUUUCCUUUUCACUUGCCUUUAUGAUCAGCAAUAAUGUACCAGUAAAGAAUACCAUAUUAUCUGCCACCUAUAUGGUGAUACUGGUUACUGUAUUUUUGCAGGGAGGAACGAUUAAACCAUUGGUGCGAUACUUAAACAUUCGUCUGGCUCGUAAAGAGGACAACUUCAGACUUUUUAUGGAAUUUAAUCGUGGUAUGAUAGUGCAUAUGACUCAAGGAAUAGAGGAUUUGUGCGGAUAUAAGGAUCGGAGUGUUGCUCAUCAAUUGAGUGUAUUCUCGAAGGCGUACUUGCGACCGUUGUUGCAGCGAGGAUACAGGAACGAGCAGAAAGAGAGCAAAUUGCUUGAAAUGGAUCGAUUUGAGACAAUGAGAGAGCUGAAACAGAGUCCAUCACAAAGUUCUUUCAAAUGGCAACGAGCGGUGGAUGAAUUAGCGGAAAGUGGUGGAAUCCCUCGUGACAUGUUGGAAGAGGAAGAGUUCUUCAUCAAUAAAAAAGAAGAUAUUGAAAAAGAGACGGAAAUGCUCACAAAAGACAUAUCAAACAUACGACAUCUUUUGCAUAAUCCAUUUGAAGAGUACUACGCAAAUCGGAACCUGGUAGGCGAGGAAGAGAAGGAGAAACGCCGUGCCUCCGAAGUGAACCACCUACGAAUGCUCCAUUGCCGCGCUCAAGGAAUGAAACCAAAGCGAUCAAUAUUUGGGAAACGCCAACAGGCGAAAAAGAACACUCAUCAAGGACUUAUAAUGGCAUCGUUAGGUUCGCUGGGAGUGCACGCUGUUGAAGCAGGGAUUCAUGAACCGAGAUCAUCAGUUGAUGAAGGUAUUACUAUAACAGAGCCUGAAGACCAUUCGUUGUAUACUAUCCGAGAGCAAACUGAGACAGGAUCGUAG